CACCACGGCUAAAGUAGACGUGGCAGUGACGUCAGUGCCGGAAAUGACCCGGAUCGGAACUUUAACUCCUGGGCUGAUUAGUUUCCACCAGAAACAUCGAGGGCUCUUCGAAAUAUGAAGUAAUGUCGAUUCAAACAUGCGUGUACACAUGCCCGUGACGGAUACUCCACCUUGGAUGUGAGUUUGUCCACGCACCGGGAGGUCUUCCUGUUUAUCCACCACAAACCCCACAAGUCCCGGGUGGUCUCUGGUCUACAGCGGGCUGGUGACCUACAACCGGCGGCAGGAUGACGUGCCGUGACCGGACCCUCGAGUUCCAGUCAGCCUGUAAAUCUCUCCAGGGCAGACCGAAUGGAGUCCAGCCCAGUAAACCAGCUCUCAGCGCCCUCAGGCAGCGCAGUGACUUCACAGUCAUGGCCAAGAGAAUUGGAAAAGACCUGAGCAAUACAUUCGCCAAACUGGAAAAGCUCACCAUUUUGGCAAAAAGAAAAUCUCUAUUUGACGACAAGGCAGUGGAGAUCGAGGAGCUAACGUACAUCAUUAAACAAGACAUCAACAGUCUAAACAAACAGAUAGCACAGCUGCAGGACUUGGUGAGGUCUCGUGGAGCUCCAGGCGGCCGACAUAUCCAAACACACUCUAACACUAUAGUGGUGUCAUUACAGUCCAAACUGGCUUCCAUGUCCAAUGAUUUUAAAUCAGUCCUAGAAGUCAGAACAGAGAACCUGAAGCAGCAGCGCAGCAGGAGAGAGCAGUUCUCCCAGCCUCCUGUCUCGUCUUCUCCUCUGAUGGCCAACAACUUCAGGAGCCGCAAAAAAGGGGCCCAGGAGCCGCAUGCAGCUCGUGAGCCACGCUAUGACUACCAGGGCAAUACAACCUCAAAUUUAAAAGAGAGCUCAGUCCUGAUGCAGGAUGAAUCCAGGAGUAUGGGGGAUGUAGCCAUCGAUAUGGACUCUCAGACCAAUCCCAUGCAGCUCCAGCUUAUUGAUGAGCAGGACUCGUACAUCCAGAGCCGUGCAGACACCAUGCAGAAUAUUGAGAGCACCAUCGUGGAACUGGGCUCUAUAUUCCAGCAGCUGGCACACAUGGUCAAGGAGCAAGAAGAGACCAUCCAAAGGAUCGAUGCUAACGUAGAGGACACCCAGCUGAACGUGGAGGCCGCCCACACAGAGAUCCUCAAAUACUUCCAAUCAGUGUCCUCCAACCGCUGGUUGAUGAUCAAAAUCUUCCUCGUCCUCAUCGUGUUUUUCAUCAUCUUUGUCGUCUUCUUCGCUUAAUGAAAGGAGGAGUGGCUGGGCGAAGGGUGAAAAAGCACAUGGAAGGAGGGGAAAGCUGGACUGAGACGACGUGUCCAGACAACAUGUUUGAAGGACAGACUUCUCUGUCAAAGUGACAGUUUGAUGGAGACUUGGGAGACUUUACGAUUAAUGCAGACUUUUCAGUCGUUCUUAAGCCACAGACUCUUGAUCUUAAUUCGACAGUUCAGUGAAGAAUGAAGAUGUCGAACUCUGUUCAAAUAAAAGAUUAAAUUAUCUAAAACCCCAGUUUGUAUAGAGAGAGAGAGCAUAAAAAUGCUCUGUAUUGUACUUUGACCAAUUAUUCAUAAACAUUUAAUCAAAAUGGCUAUAAUUUAAUGGUUUGAUUCUGCAAACUGUCUUUUUAGUUUUCAUUUGGUUUUUCUUGUUUAGCCCCUGAAACCACAGGUUGUUAUUGUUUCUAAGCCAAACUACAGAACUGGAGUUUAUCGUGAGAUACUUUUUCUUCUUAGUUCACUGUCUUUUUUUAUUGAAGAGCAUGACGGUGUCACCUGUUUAUCAGCAAAUCUCCACUUACCACCAUUCAGUAAUGAUGUGAAAUAUUUUUUAUAUUCAUUUGUUUUAUUUUGCUUUCAAAGUUUAUUUGCCAAAUGGGUACUCUUGUAGAACUGUGACACAAUACAGAGACACUGAGUCCAGCAUUUUGUGUCCUGAAGGCACAAGAGUGCUGUUACAGACGACCGAAGGGAACUUUGCUGGUAUGAGCUGCACGAAAUGUUGAUAAGUUAUGUAACAAGGCUGUUUUAAAUGAAACUGUUUGGUCGCCGGCUGUGCGACAAGGUUAAAUGGUUAAAAACAAAAAAAAAGAGGUGCGAACCUUGCACAUUCAGUGCUGCAGAGAGGCUUCAGCAUAUAAGUCAAGUAUCUGAAUUCAGGUUUGACAUCAGUGCUUAUGAAGGGGUGAAGCUGGUUGUGAAGGCCCACUGAUAAAGUGACCCAAUCAGCCAGAAUCCCUGAAGUGUCUGGUUGGAUGUCACUGUUGUAGUUGCUUUCCCUCUUUACCUCUCUAACGCACCAUGUUAUUUAAAUGACCACAGCUUUUUAAGAAGAAAUGAAGCAUUCUUCCUA